CAGUCGGAGAACAGAGACAGCACCAACGGCACGUGUACGAGAGAACCUCGGAGGCAGCAGCUCACCUCCCUCCUUUCUCUCUGCGCGUCGCUUCAUCGAGAAAGAAUCGGGAGGCGCAUCAACGUAAGACGAAGCGAGCACGCCUGCCGAAAAAGCAAGAAGCAAAAAAAAGCACGCCCCGUCUCUCUCUCCGGCAGCCAUGGACGUCGAUCCUCGUCAAUACGAGCACGUCGCUAUUAGUGAGGAUGACAUACACGAUGUUGUUCUGUCAUAUCUUGUGCAUAAUUGCUUCAAAGAAACUGUUGAAUCUUUCACCACCUGUACAGGGAUGAAGCAGCCAGCUGGUUGUCUUGAGGACAUGGAAAAAAGAAAAAGAAUUUUUCACUUUGCUUUGGAGGGUAAUGCUCUCAAGGCCAUCGAUCUGACUGAGGAGCUGGCUCCUGACUUGUUGGAGAAAAAUACGGACUUGCAUUUUGAUCUUCUAAGCCUUCAUUUUGUGAAGCUUGUCUGCUCCAGGAGAUGCACAGAAGCUCUUGAGUUUGCUCAGUCUAAAUUGGCUCCUUUCGGGAAGGUGCAAAAAUAUGUUGUAAAGCUAGAAGACUUCAUGGCUUUGCUUGCUUAUGAGGAGCCUGAAAAAUCACCAAUGUUUCAUCUUCUUAGCCUGGACUACAGGCAGCAUGUUGCUGAUAGCUUGAAUCGAGCAAUCCUUGCACAUGCAAACCAGCCAAGUCACUCCACACUGGAAAGGUUGAUAAAGCAGAUGAUGGUGGUUAGACAACUCUUAAGUCAAGAGCAUGGCCAGGAUACCUUUCUACCAUUUUCUUUGAGGGAUUUUUUGAAAAGCUAGUGGCAAUGCCUUCAGAGCACGGCGGAUGUAAUUAAGAUUAUUUUGCAGAUUUUCCACAUGGAAAUUUUAUGAAGGGUCUGGUUCAUGAUGGAAAAGAGUUUUCUUUUCCUGCCUGUUACGUCUGAAAAGUGCUGAGCAUGGUGUAUUGUUGAACUUCCUGCAUUUAGCAAGUUAUUCUCCUCUUGGUUGGCUGCAAGGAAUGGUUCUCAAAAUUAUGCCAAAGUCGAUGUCUUCAUCAGUGGUUAGUCGAUCAGUUUGUGUGCGGUGUGGUAGCUAACCGGAAUGAAGACCCUUGGAGUACAAGUUCUUGUUUUUGCACAUACCGCUUUGCCCUGUGAAUCCCUAGUUUACACUUCAAGUCACAAGUUACAACCAUCUCUUGGUGUUAUAAUAUGGGGAAACACAUAAAAAGCAGAAAGAAAGUUCCUUUAUAUCUUCUUUGCUAUCGGGAGAGCUUUUAUGUUUAGUAUGGUUCAGAUUGGCCAGGGUCAUCCAAUGUUCAGUAAACAUGUACUUUCUGCUUUUUCUAUGUGAUUUACCCUGGUGUAAUGACUUCUGGGAUAUUGAUAUAUUUGUUAGCUUUUGCUGUUUGUGCAUGACUAAA